UAAAUUUUAUAAUCCGAAGUAAAUCUAACCUCAGAUCUAAAUAAAAACAAAUUAAUUUAAAUAUCCAUUUAUUGUUGUUGUCAGUCGUUGUUGUUACCAUUUGCAUAUAAUAUCAUGGACGAUAGUAUGGGGGAGCAAUUUGAUGAUUCUGAUCUGAAUAUCACUGAAGAAGUUGCAGCUCCUACAACACAAGACUUCGGAUUAGAUGAUAUCAAUACUAGUGAUACUGAAGCCCUAACAGCUUCUCAGGUAAUAGAAUUAAUGGAGAGUGCUUGGCUCAAUGAGAAAUUCUCACCAGAGAUUUUACCCCAUAAAACAGAAAUUGUGGACUGUCUCCUAGGACAAAUUUCUUACAUGGAGGAGAAUUUAGAAAAUCUUGAGAGCAAUGAUUUCCAAAAGAGUCUACAUCAAAUGGAAACUUAUCGUUUGAGGUAUUUAGUCACAAGUUAUUUAAGAAUACGAUUAGAGAAAAUUGAAAUGUUCAAUUAUGAAAUAUUAAAGCAAGAGGAAGUCAGAGAAGAGAAAAAUGAAGAAUCUUACUUAAGUGCUGGUGAAUUGCAAUUUGCUAAAGAAUAUAAAGAAAAUCUGGAGCAACAUUUUGAUAAUGUACUAUCAUUUUGGCCUGGAUUACCUCCAGAUGAUUGGAAGAAGGAAUACAUUAAACCUAAUCUGCAUAGUUUCGUGUUUUUGAAAUCAAAAACCGAAAUCGAAGGCGUUAUAAUUGAUGACGGGAAUGAAGAGGAUGGCGAUUUGGUGGACUUCAAAAAUGGAUCUCAAAUGAUUAUUUCCUACAACAGUGUUUCGAAUUUGGUGAAAAAAGGUGAUGUUCAAUUAAUUUAAAAUAUUUAAUUUGUAUUAUAAUUGUUACAAAAUGAGAAAUAAAUAAAACAAAAA